CCCAAAAUGCAAUCAUGGCGCACGGGGUACUGUGUUUUUAGAAUGCUAAGAAGUUUUUACGUAAACACAUCAUUAUUUUGCACGGAAACUGAUUUUUGUGUUUAUAUAAAUUACCUGUGACUCUUAAAGAAUCGAUUAACGCAUACAUGUGUGUUCCAAGUUCGAAGUUUCCACCUGUUCGUAUUCACGUCUCUGUACUACUAGACACUUGCAGAUAACUUUGGUGUAAUAAUGUCAGAGGCGUACGCCCGAGAGAUACUUCGAAGGAAUGUUGCGCAAAUAUGCCAAACAAUAGGAUGGAACGGUAUAAACUCCACACCUUUGGACAUUUUGGUGCAUGUGUUGGAAAAGUACAUUCAGUCACUUGGUACACAAGCUAGUAGAUACGCCGAACAAUUUAAUAGGACUGAACCAAAUUUACAUGAUUUAGGAUUAGUAUUUCGUGAUUUACAAGUUCAGUUGCCCGAGCUCGCAGAGUACACGCGUUGUGUGCCGCCGGUGCCGCCGCCCGUCACUACAGAGAAGUUUCCCAAACCCAAGGAAUCUAAUUUGAAUUUCCUCAAACCUGGCAGUCAUGAAGUUGUCACAAGGCCAAUGCAUGUUCAUGAACAUCUCCCUCCUAUGUACCCGGAGAAGGAAAGAGACACACCUGCUGUUGCAGGGACGGUCGAAAUCCAACAAAAUGGCAUUGACAACCACAACACAUGCGCAAGCCCGGAGAUAUCAGUCACUGACAGUCCAGAGAAACAAAAAGAUAUAUUCAAAAGGCCCAUUGACCCUGUGUCAUUACCAAAUAGCAAGAGACCGAAGAUACGCUUGGACGAGGAGGAAAGAACAAGAGAAAUUAGUAGUGUAAUGAUGACCAUGUCUGGCUUCCUGUCCCCUGCCCGGGAGGGCAAGCUGCCAGAGGCUCGUCCACCAACAAUUGUUUCAGAGAAACACAUCGACAAACACAAACCAAACUCGCAUCAUUCUAAUCCUAUGAAAGAACCAAUAUUAGACAAAAGUGAUAAGAAAUCUAAGAAGAAAAAGUUAUUGAAUGGUAAAAUUAUGAAGAGUAAACGAAAAGAUAAAAGUCAUAAGAGUGAAAGUAGUAAGUCUAAGGAUAGUAAAAUAAUUAAUAAGCAUCCACCUGGAUAUCCAAUGAAGGGCAGAGAUGUUCAUCCGACACAUCAUAAUCAUGUAACAAUGCCGGCGCCAAAACCCUUGGCACACCUGCCCAAGCCUGUGAUGCCGCCACCUGUAAAGAAUACAAUGCCUCCUCCAUCAAGACCAUUGCCAGUUCCAGAACCUAUCAGGCCAGUCAUUAAGCAGGAGCCGUUGGAUCCACCAUCCCCUGUGUCAUCUAGAAGUUUUAUGGCAGAAGAUUCUAUACCUGUUCCACGAAAAAUACCAAUAUCAAAAUCACCACUUGUCUCAGCGCCCCUUCAUAAAAACCCAUUAAUGCCUGAAACAGAAAUCAAGAAAGAGGUUAUUGACGAAGAAGAGAAGUUAGCUUCUCAACCAGAUAGAUCAAAAAUUAAUAUAUUUAAAAGAAUAUCGAACAAAUCAAAAGAAGAUAGAAGCACUCCAGAGGUUGUUGCAGACAAAUCACAGUCUGACCCCAUGAUCUCAAGGUUGCAAAAUUCUGCACACGAAAAUUCUAUCGAUAAUAGAUCCCAUGAAAGUAUAAGAGUGAAAUCAGAUUUAGUUGUUAAUAAUAAUGAUAAUAGUGCUGUAGAUUUGUCUAAAGUUAUGGAUUUAAGAACUAAUGAAGUAAUAAGCAUUGAUGAAGACUCUAUGGACUUAGUCCCGCCCACGCACGCGCACCAAAACAAAACGCACUCGGAACCUCGCCCUAGUAUAUCAAUAAACAAAUCUUUGCAAGUACCUUUCCCCAAAGAAAUAGCUAGUGUGAGUCCAAAAAUAAAGAAAGAAAAGAAGCACAAAGAUAAGAAGGAUAAAGCUGCUAAACUCGAAGCCAAGCUGUUGAAGAAACAGCAACAGCAACUAGCGCUAGAGAUGGCCCAAAUGGAGAAGCAAAAUGUAAAAAUACCUAAUAGUAAACCUUCAAAGAGCAAAAAGGAAAAAUUACCACAGUUUCCACCUGGAUUUCCAUUCUUUCCAGGCAUGGCCCCUAAUAGAGGCUUGAUGCCUGGGCCUGGGUUAAUACCUAACCCUGGCCUCAUACCUGGAGCAGACUUCUACGGCUUAGCCAAUAAUCCUGCAUUACGGGGCCUAGCGCCACCCAAUUUAUUGUCAAAUCCAUUUGCUUUAGGUGGGCUUUCAAAUCCAGCUUUCUUACCAGGAAAUUUGGGACAAGGUUUGCCCAACCCUCUCAUGCCCAUGGGCAACUUUCCUCAUAGUUCGAGAUCGAUGAAAAUCCCUUCAAUGCUACGGCGCCCGAGCUUAGAGGUAAUUCCUGUCGAUAACGACGAAGACCGGGGGAUGCACAAGUCUCAAAACUCGCGAGAGAAAGAUCGCCACGAUAAACACAAAUCUCUUACCAUUCCAAAUAUCUUGCAGAAACACAAGAAAUCGCAUAAAGAACAUAAAUCGAAUCUAUUCAAAAUGCCUAUCGUUCAACCUGAUAUAACGAUAGAGUUAAACCCUCCUAAGAGCGAGCCAGUGAGGUCGUCGCCGCCACGACCGAUGCCAGUGCCGGUCCGCGUCAGAACACCUGAGCCUCCUCCCGCGCCAGAACCCAAACCAGAACCUGUUAAAGUAGAACCCGCGCCAGAACCUGAACAAGACAAAGAUCCAGAAACAGAAAGAAAGAAAGAUAAGUCACAUAAAAAGGAAAAGAAGGACAAAGAUGGAAUCAAAAUCAAGAAGAAGAAAGAUAAAAAGGAUAAGAGUAAGGAAAAGUCAGAGAAGAAACGGGAAAAGGAGGAGAAAUCCGAGAUGAAAGAGCUGAAGGAUAAAAUUAAGAAAGAGAAAAAGGAGAAGAAACGAGAGAAAGCCGCCGACGGCUUGGUGCCGAAGCUCACGUUGAAACUGAACUCGUCCAACUCCAACUCCCCGAUGCCGCCGAGCUCGCCCGACAUCUUCAAACUGAACAUCAAACCGAUCGUCAAAAAGGACGAAGAUGUGAGUUCGCCGAAGCAGGAGAUCGUUUCUCGUGAGCACAGCCGGUCGCCGGAACUCGCGCAGAUAUCGGCGCUGGUGACGCGGCCGCCGAAACCGAAACACUCGAAACACAAUCACGUCUCGGAAACCGAGGGGCAAGCGUCGCCGCCGGCGGGCGGUAGUUCACCCACGAGAAAGAAUCACCCGCCUUCUAGCCAUUCGAAGUACAAGAGGAUUCUGAUAAAGCCGCUGUCGAAGAAAGGCAACGUUGAGAGUUUCGAUGACGACGUAUCGAUAUCGGAAGAACCGUUGCCCCCGACGCCCGCACCAGUGGCGACGGAGAAGCCAUUACCCACGCCGUAUUAUGUAGACGAGCAGGGCAAUCAGAUCUGGAUUUGCCCGCCUUGUGGCCGGCCCGAUAACGGCUCGCCGAUGAUCGGCUGCGACGGCUGUGACUUCUGGUAUCACUGGAUAUGCGUGGGGAUCAGAGAAGAACCUAGUUCUACAGAAGAUUGGUUUUGCAAAACUUGUGUGACGAAGCGAGCGGGGAUGGCCCUCGCGGGAGUCACUCAGUCUGGGAAGAAACGCGGCAGAAAACCCAAAGGAGAGCGGUCGCGAGAGGCCCACUGAUGUCUUGUUGUUGAGAUUAAUUUAGUUGCAAUUCCGAGGCGCGAUUGUUAUGGAUUAUUGUUGAAUGAUAUCGAGAAAUGUUUUCAUCAUUUAUAAUGUUAUAUCGUAGGCUAGGCUUAAGUAUAGAUAAUGAUUGAAUAUUGACAUAAAAUGUUGAACAUAAAUAGUGUAGUUACUUGUAAUAAUUACCAUAAUUUUAAAAUAUUUUGUUACGAUUUCACUUAUUCGUCGUUCGCUCGUCAGAUCAAGUUGCGGGCGUACAGCUCGCGGACAUAGAUAUAAUAUUAUAAGAUUCUUUUUAUAUUGUACAAAAACUGAAUUUACUUAAGAUAUUGGUGAUGUAUAAAGUUAAUGUAGUGAAUAUUUAAAUAAACAGAAAGAAGGCUGGAUGUAUUUUCAGCUAUUAUUUGAAUAUUUUCAUAUUAUAAUUUUAAUAUAACCCUGUUUUUUUUUUUGUUGAAGUUGUUCCUUCAUGUACAGGGCUAGCACUGCCUCUAAUUUGCGUGGUAUAUUUUUUUUAAUGAACUAAAGCACUAUUACCGGCCAAAUGUAAAUGUUAUACUGGACCGCCAUGUUUUUCCGUUGCUAGGUUUGAAAAAUGGUGGUAUACCAUGCUUUCACAUUUCGCCGGUUAACUACAUAUUUGAGAGUGUGCCCGCCCUAAUGCAUUAAAUAAGUGGAGGAAGGCAAAUGUAAAUUUGAUUUCAGCCAGUG